AUGGCCAAAAAAUCAAAGAAAAUUGCAAGCCCAUCUCAGAGUGUUUCUGACACCUCUAGCGAUGGUGAUGGAGCUCCCGUUUAUACACCACCUGAAACUGAGUCCGUCGAUGGUCCCUCAAGCUCAACUCACCUCUCAGAUACAGGUCACCUCAGCGACAUAAUACAAGUACUUCAAGAUGUCAAGCUUGCACAAGAUAAUGCUAAUGAAGCAGAGCAAGAGACGGAUAAGUCUGCAAAGAAGAAGAGGGGUAAACGAAACAAUCGCUCCUUAGGCAAGGAAUCGGUUCCAGCAGAUACAAUUGUCAGCAAUGUUGCCAACGCCCUUCAGAACCUUGUAGUUUCCGAAAAAGAGACAAACAAUUUGGAGCAAGAGCAAAUCAAUGCAAAGUCUGAAAAGAACAGGAGAACUAAGGAGAGGAAGAAGAGAAGCAAGGCUAGAAAGGCUGAGGAGGAUGCCCAGAAGGAAUUCGAUGCGAUAAUCGCGAAUGACAAGUCCAAAUCCAUGGAGGGCGAGGAAGAGGGUUCAGAAGAAGAGGUAGGAGUCGAGGGUAUAUCCAACUAUAGGUGGCUUAAGGACUCCGGAUGGAAUAACAUGAAACAUUUCAUGAUAGUACAUGGUUUUAAAUGGGGUGACCAUGAUGACUAUGAUGCCGCAAAAGAGUUUAUCAAGAGAAUCAGGGAGGAUCAAGCUUCUGAGGAACAGGUCGAACCAGAACCGCCAAAGAAAAAAGUAGUCGAAGAUGUUUCUGUAUCUAAGCCAAAGACAGCCAAGACCAAGAAGGGUCAAACUUCUGAGAAACCAGAGCCACCAAAGAAUGGGACAGCCAAGGAUGCCUCUUCCAAACAGAAAUCGACGAGAAGCAAGAAGAACACUGUAGUCGGCUUAUGGGAAGAUUAUUUCGGAGAGGAAACUCAGCUUGGAAACUGGCAGAGACUCUGUGUCGAUGUUGGCAUGGAAGAGAUACCUACUAGCAUUACUCAAUGUCGCAAGGCAUUAGGAAAAGUCUGGGUCAACAUUUUUGAUUUCCUCGACGCCAAGGCUGAAGGUAAACCAGUAAAGAGAUACAGCAGCGAACAUAAGCUUGCUACAUAUACAUUAAAGUCCGGCAAGAUAUUCCCAAAGAUUCAUGCUAAGCAAGGUGGACCUGCUAGAGUACUAUUGGCGCAUAUUUUCCGACAUUAA